UUCAUGUUUUCCCCGUAACCAUAAACCAAACCCCCCAAAUGUCACACACACUCUCUCACACAAACCUAUAGAUACAGAUUUAUAAAUAUAAUAAAAAACAGGAACUUGAGAGAUUCAGUAUACAUACAGAUCUAAAAAAACCCAGAUCUAAAAUCUUUGAAUUUUGAUGAUAUGGGUCAUCAAUCAAAUAUAGUGUUUCAUUUAUGGAUCUGCGUUUUUCUGUUACUAUCCAUUCAUGGAUACUCUUUCUAUCUCCCUGGUGUUGCUCCUCAAGAUUUCCUCCAGCGAGAUACUCUGAGAGUAAAAGUUAACAAAUUAGCUUCUACCAAAACCCAGCUUCCUUAUUCUUACUACUCUAUUCCUUAUUGCCGUCCAAGUAAAAUCGUUGACAGUGCUGAGAAUCUCGGUGAAGUUCUUCGUGGUGAUCGUAUAGAAAAUUCUCCAUAUGAGUUUCAAAUGCGAGUUCCACAGAUGUGCAAUGUCGUAUGUCGCAUCGUACUGACUGAGAAAACAGCCAAAGAAUUUAAGGAGAAGAUAGAUGACGAGUAUAGAGUAAAUAUGAUAUUGGACAAUCUACCUUUGGUUGUUCCCAUGACUAGGUUGGAAAGGGAUUCACCAGUUAUAUAUCAACAUGGAUAUUUUGUUGGACGCAAAGUGCAAUAUGCCGGAACAAAGGAAGAGAAGUAUUUUAUCAACAAUCAUUUGACAUUUAUAGUAAAGUAUCACAAGGAUAUUCAAACAGAUUCUGCAAGAAUUGUAGGAUUUGAAGUUAAUGCUUUCAGUGUGAAGCAUAAAUACGAGGGAGAAUGGACUGACAAGACCACCCUAACAACAUGUAAUGCUCAUGCAAAGCAGAUGGUCACGAGCUCUGAUCCUCCUCAAGAGGUUGAAAAUAAGAUGGAAAUUAUUUUCACUUAUGACGUUGAUUUCCAGGCGAGUGAUAUCAAAUGGGCAUCCAGAUGGGACACUUAUCUUCUAAUGGCAGAUGAUCAAGUUCACUGGUUUUCUAUAGUUAACUCCCUUAUGAUCGUGCUUUUCUUGUCGGGUAUGGUGGCUAUGAUCAUGCUAAGAACACUUUACCGUGACAUCUCAAAAUACAAUCAAUUAGAAACUCAAGAAGAAGCCCAAGAAGAAACAGGCUGGAAACUAGUUCAUGGUGAUGUUUUUCGUCCUCCACCCAACUCGGAUUUACUAUGUGUUUAUGUCGGAACUGGUGUUCAAUUCUUUGGUAUGAUAUUGAUCGCCAUGAUCUUCGCUGUUCUUGGGUUUCUCUCUCCAUCUAACCGGGGUGGGCUCAUGACAGCUCUGCUUCUACUUUGGGUUCUCAUGGGCAUCUUUGGUGGGUAUGCAUCGGCUCGCCUUUAUAAAACAUUCAAAGGAACAGAAUGGAAAUCAAUCACUCUCAAAACCUCUUUCAUGUUCCCUGGGAUUGCAUUUGCCAUUUUCUUUGUACUAAAUGCUCUUAUUUGGGGCGAGAAAUCCUCUGGUGCAGUCCCAUUCGGUACCAUGUUUGCUUUGGUAUUCUUAUGGUUCGGGAUUUCCGUUCCACUUGUUUUCGUUGGGAGUUAUAUAGGGUUUAAAAAGCCUGCUAUUGAAGACCCAGUGAAAACCAAUAAGAUCCCAAGACAAAUACCCGAACAAGCUUGGUACAUGAGCUCAGCUUUCUCUAUUCUCAUUGGUGGGAUACUUCCAUUCGGUGCAGUCUUCAUUGAGCUCUUUUUCAUACUAACCUCGAUUUGGUUACAACAAUUCUACUAUAUCUUCGGCUUCCUUUUCAUUGUGUUCAUUAUCUUAAUUGUUACGUGUGCUGAGAUUACAAUCGUGCUAUGCUACUUCCAGCUCUGUAGUGAGGACUAUCUUUGGUGGUGGAGAUCAUAUCUAACAUCAGGUUCAUCGGCUUUAUAUCUCUUUUUAUACACAAUUUUCUACUUCUUCACAAAGCUCAACAUCACAAAACCAGUUUCGGGCGUUUUGUACUUUGGGUAUAUGUUGAUUGCAUCAUACGCUUUCUUUGUGCUCACGGGUACAAUUGGUUUUUAUGCGUGCUUCUGGUUCACAAGGCUCAUUUACUCAUCAGUGAAGAUUGAUUGAUUGUUGGUUAAUGAAGGAAUGGUUAGUAAUACGUAGCUUCUUGAUAUUUUAUAGGAAAUUAGGCUACUUUAUUGAUGAUGUUUAGUUAUACAAAUUGUUUCCCGAACCGGGCAUUUUGCUACUUGAAUUUCGUUGGAUGGAUAAUUUUUGUUAUAAUCAUAUGUCCCUGCAUAAUAUGUAUGUAGAGAUUUGAGAGAGGAUUCUCAGGGAAUCUUUUUUGUUAUUGUUCAUUGAUUAUAUGUAUCAGAGGAUUAUGAAAUUUUACUGCUGAAAUUGAUCGUCUUUCUAUUAAUGA